AUGUCGUCCACAUCAUCCACCAUUGCUGGACCGUCGCAAUCCAAAGUUGAGAUCAACUCGCGUGGCAUCCCACACGCUCCUUUCAUCUCCAAUGUGCAAGAAUACUUGGGCGGGCCAGACGAAGAAGUCGAACCGACACUCAAAAAGUUUCAAGAGACCAUGUCCAAGUACAAGUUCAUGGAGCUCAACACCGCACAGCGACGUCGAGGACUUGAAGAAAAGAUCCCCGACAUCCGCAAGACGCUUCAAAUGGUCAAUUUCUUGAAGGACAAGAAGGACGAUCCAGAACCAAUAGAGACCACUUUCGAGCUAAACGACACGCUCUAUGCAAAAGCUACAUUGGAUCCUACCGACACUGUGCACCUGUGGCUGGGCGCAAAUGUGAUGCUCGAAUACCCCUUGGACGAAGCCAUCUCUUUGCUCACAUCCAAACUCAAUGGAGCCGAAAAAUCGCUCACCACGUCCAAAGAGGAUCUCGACUUCUUGCGCGAACAAAUUACCAUCAUGGAAGUCAACACGGCUCGUGUCCAUAAUUGGGACGUCAAACGCCGUCGUGAACGCAGAGAAGAGCUCGAACGUGGUGGUCUUGCCGAACGUGCCGCCACCGGUUCGAAAACAUCACAGGCGUCCACCAGUGGUGGUGGAUGGCUUUUCGACGAUCGUGACAAGAGCGAAACGGGUGCGGGCAAGAAUGAGACGGGUGCAGUAUUUCAGGAGAGUGCCAAAGGUGGCGCGAAGCCGAGAGAUGGCACGAAUGCAGCCGUGGAUCCACCAGCCUCAUCAAAAACUACAGCGCAGCUAGACGGUGUAGGCGGUUCAAGACGCCUGUCUACUGACGUUGUGUUGACCGAAUCACAGGUCGCCUCGGAAGCAGCUACCACCCAUCUGUCAGCGAAUUCAAUGCUGACGACACCGAAUGACGUUCCGUUGCCCAGCCAAACCGGCAAUCACAGCGACCCGAUCGCUCUCACCAAACUUGCCCCCACCAGCGCACCUCCCCCGCACUCGACCUUACCCGCCUCGCCUCUCAGCCUACCUCACGCAACUGACCCGCUGUCAUCAACGACGCUCAUCGUGCCACCUCUGAACUUCGCCAUGGUCUCCCGCGGCAUCUACCGUUCAGGUCACCCCAACGAACGCAAUUUUGAAUUUUUGCGUCGUCUCUCGCUGAAAACCGUCCUGUACUUGGGCACAGAAGACUACCGUUCCAAUAUGACCAACUGGACAGCAUCUCAAAACAUCACAACACACCACCUCCGUUUGGCGAUCAACAAAGAACCCACGGCAGAGAUGGAUCACGCCGAUGUCGUCAAAGCUCUCCAACUCAUCCUAAAACCCGAAAAUUGGCCGAUAUUGAUCCAUUGCAACAAAGGAAAGUACAGAGUAGGAUGCAUCGUAGGACUGGUGAGGAGGUUGCAGAGUUGGAGUCAUACAAGCAUCUUCGAGGAGUAUAGCAGGUUUGCAGGGACCAAGAUCAGCGAUUUGGAGUUUAUCGAGGUGUUCGAUCUGGACAAGGUCUCCUUGGCAGGUUAA